AUGACCGUGACAUUACUCGGCUUGUCCAUCCUGUUAUGGACCAACCUCUGCACCGUUCCUGAUGAGGGAGUUUAUGCUGUCAUCGUGCCACAGGGAGGUCGAACCGAGGAAGACGGGGUAGAUCAUCAAGGCGAUGGCCCGUUCGUUCGCUCAUUCGCGUCUGGGUUGCGGCCGCCUCUUGCUCCCCUGCCGACCAAAGAUCGGUUUGCCGGAUACUACGCUUUUCCUGGCACCACGAGUGGUCUGCGUGAUGAUAUUUCUGUCGCAGAGGAGAUUGCAGACGAGCAACAACGGAAGAAUUGUUUAGGCGUAGAGAAACUCAAUAUAUACGGAUGA